AUGGGAGUGAUACAGCUUCCCAACCCAUCUAGGAUCCUGGGUCUUUCUAUUCAUAUUAUCCUCAUUCUGCUUCAGCAGACUACUGCAGAAAGAGAACUGAAGUUUGUGGUUGCAGUUUUCCGACAUGGUGACCGAACACCAAUUGUAAACUUUCCAACUGAUCUACACAAAGAAAGUGAAUGGCCCCAGGGAUUUGGACAACUUACCAAGACUGGAAUGCAGCAGCUAUAUGAACUUGGACGGUACACGAGGAAAAGAUAUUCCAACUUUCUGAACAGCACAUACAACCGGCAAGAGUUUUAUAUCCAAAGUACAGAUUAUGAUCGCACCAUUAUGAGUGCCCAGUCAUACCUUUCUGGCCUCUUUCCACCAACCAGCAGCCAAAUUUGGAACCCUGAGCUUCUCUGGCAACCCAUUCCAGUUCAUAUUUUGCAAAAAUCAACAGACCGGAGGCUGCAUUUUCCUCUGCCUGACUGUCCGCGUUUUGAUAAACUUCAGAAUGAAACUCAAACAUCUAGUGAAUUUCAAAAUAGAAUACAACCAUAUAUGGAUUUUUUACAAACAAUGGCAGUUAACACAGGACUUGAAUUAAAUAAUCUCAAAAUACUGGACAAUUUCCAGCUCUGGAAUACAUAUGAUACUCUACACUGUGAGGAUAUUCACAAUUAUACUCUCCCUGUAUGGGCCACCAAAGAUGUAAUCAACAAGAUGGAAAAACUGGCAGAAUUGUCCUUAUUAUCACUAUUUGGGCUUUAUAAAACAGAAGAGAAGUCACGACUACAAGGAGGUGUCCUUGUGAAUAUUAUUUUAAAUAGUAUUAAACAAGCUGCCAAUUCUUCAAGACAAAGAAAAAUGGAGGUCUACUCUGCACAUGACACCACAGUUGGGGCCCUGCAGAUGGCUCUCAAUAUUUUCAAUGGAAAACUGCCACCAUACGCUGCUUGCCAGUUUUUUGAACUCUACCAAGAAAGCAGUGGGCGAUACAGCAUUGAAAUGCAUUAUCGGAAUGACUCUUCAGAGGAUCCUUACCUACUCACUCUGCCAGGAUGCACCUCUUCUUGUCCGCUUGAGAAGUUUGCUGAACUAGUUUCUCCUGUGAUUACAGAAAAUUGGUCAAAAGAAUGCGGGAAGAAAGACAAAACGAAAGAUAUUUUUAUUGGAUUUGAUGUUGCUGUUGGCUUGUUGUUCAUUUUUGACCUUGUACUACUCUACCUCCUUUAUCAUUACGGACGUUGCAGGCGCAGAAACAACUACCAAGACAUUUAA